AUGGAUGUAGAUGGCGCGCUGGUGUCGGUCGGUGAGUUCGGGCGAUACCAGAAACAACUGACAGUGACUUUUGUCCUUCUACAGAUAUACGUGGCCUGCCAGUCGAUGCUGAUCGUUCUUGUUGGAGCCCAGCCUGAGUACAGUGUAAACACACAGGAAGUAAUCAGCACACAUGAAGAGCUUAUCAAACAUGUUGUAUUUGAGGAAGAUAUUACCUCCAUUGCAACUGAGUGGCACUUAAUCAGGCAGGAAGCAUACAAAGUGAACUUGGCUGGCUCCUUGUUCUUCGUUGGACUACUCAUCGGUAACAUUUUGUUUGGGCCCUUGUCUGACCGCUUUGGCAGGAAACCAAUCUUCCUCACAGGCUUGUUCCUUGAUGUGGUCUUUGGAUUUAUUACAGCAGUUGCUCCAAACUAUGAAGUCUUUGCAGUUACGCGACUUCUUGUUGGACUUGUGAAUGGUGGGAUGUCCCUGGUGGCUUUUGUACUGACACAGGAAUUUGUGGGAAAAUCCUAUUGGGCUUUGACAGGAUCGCUCACCAAUUUAGUGUUUGCAGUUGGAAUUGUUGCUUUCUCUGUUAUUGGCUAUUACAUCAGGAAUUGGCGUACUCUUGCUGCUGUAGCCAAUUGUCCUGGAGUGCUGUUUUUCCUUCUUUUCAUCCCAAUUCCAGAAUCCCCAAGGUGGUUAUAUUCGCAUGGGAAGACUGAGGAAGCAGAGGAGGUGCUACAAUAUAUUGCACAAAGGAAUGGGAAUGAGAAGAUCUUUGUGCAACUAAAACCCUGUGCUGGAACAUCAAAAACUGGUCAGUCAGCGCAUGGAGUGAUGGACCUGGUGAAGUAUCCGAAAUUACGCUGGAGAACUGCCAUUUUGAUGUAUGUGUGGUAUGUUUGCAGCCUUGUUUAUUAUGGCUUAACCUUGAAUGCAGGGGAUUUGAAAGGCAAUCGCUACCUGAACAUUGCUCUGUAUGGCCUUGUGGAAGUACCAGCGUUCCCCCUCUGCCUCUAUUUCAUUGACAAAUCCUGGUCAGGAAGACGGAAGACAAUGACAGCAUUCCUGUUAUUUGCAGGGCUUGCCUGCAUAAGUACCAUGUUCUUGCCUAGGCAUUUGGCAGGCUUUGACAUGGGAUUCUUGCUGAAUGUCACUUCAUUAGCACUGUGUGGAAAGUUAGCUGUCAGUGCUGCCUUUAAUAUUGUCUAUGUCUUUACUGCAGAGCUUUACCCAACUGUGAUCAGGAAUGCUGGAUUGGGAAUCUGCUCAAUGUCAUGCAGAGUUGGUGGGAUUCUGGCACCAUUUGUUCCUGCGCUGAAGUCGUUGAAUCCAUCAAUGCCAUUCAUAGUGUUUGGAAUUGCUGGGAUGUCAGCAGGAUUCCUGGGUCUCCUGCUUCCAGAAACAUUAAAUAAACCAAUUGCAGAGUCAAUAGAAGAUCUUCACACUCCAACCUACCAGAAGCUUGAAGACAAAAGGAAAAAAGGGGUUGGAUCACAGAACGUCACUCAGUCAUGAAGAUGAGAGGCUUAGCAAAGCAGAACUUAGACUGGAAGGACAAUCUACUGGACCUAAGAAAAAUGUUUUCAGAUGAGGACCGUGAAUUGCAAGGAGAAAUUUUACAAGAUUCUGCAGGAGAUUAUAUAAACAAUUCAGAGACUUUGAAUUGGUACGUUUUAAAUGAGCCUGGAUCUUCAAGAUGCCAACAUGCUAACUGAUUAAGGAAAGACUUAUUUAAGCUGAAGAAAUACCUCAGUUACUCACUUCCCAACAUUAGUUGGGUAACAGGAACUAUGAAUUGCCAUUGUUUACAUUUCAGCUUGUACAGUUUUGCAAGUAUUUUUGCCUUUGAGUCCUGCUGUCACAAGUACAAAGCUGCUGCAUUAUAUGAGGAAUAUCAUCACUUUCAAAAGAUUUUGGUGUUAGAAUUUAUUCACAAGACUUUUGGAGUAAAUUAUCAGUUUUAACAUAAAAUAUAACUUUGUAGCCUGGGAAGCUUUAAGCUCCAGUUUCUUUUUAAUGCACCUUGCAUUGUAAUGGAGAGCCUUAUAAUGAUUUGUAUGUAUUGGACAUGCUUUAAGCUCUCUGAAGUCUCUCCGUUUAGACAUCUGUCAUUUCUAACACGAUCACCUUUUAAGGAUCUAUGUUUUUUCCAUUUACAGAUAUUCCGAAAUGCUUCAGUUUUGCACUCCUGUAUUAAGGAGCCCAACAAUGCUACAAUUUUCAGUUAAUAGAAAGAUGUUUCUGGUUAGAAUUACUUAAUAUUGUAAGUGCAAUAUGUAUCUUGGCAUUUUAUCACUCCUUUGCUGUUGGAGUCUCAAAUGUCCCUUCAAGUGAAUUGGAUUGUGCCGUCCAAUUCUGAUGCCUUAUUGUUCCAAGAUUUGCAAGGAAAACCAAAAGAUAAAUCUUUAAACCUUGAAUUAUUGUUAGUUCAGAUGAAAUCUUCCAGAAUAAUUUAUCUCACAAACCAUCCGUUUUGGAUAGCUAUUUGAUAGCUUUCCAUAUGGGUCCAUUUAGGUUUGAUUUAUGUUUUAAUAGCAUUGCUAAUGGUUCUCAUCUAAUGUGCAAUAUUUAUCAUUUAAGUGUUUAUUCUGCAGCAUUUAACUGCAGUUGAAUGAGACCACCCAGCAACAGGUUGCCAACUGACUUCAGUGUUACCUGUCAUUUGUCCAAAGACAUUUUGGAUCCUCUGUUCAUAAUCUGUUUGGCAGGUAGACAGAAUAUAGGAUUGGUCUGCAACAUCUGUUAAAGAGAAAGGAAAGCUACUUUAUUCUUGUAUGUUUUACAUUUCUGUUUCUCUUUGGGAGAUGUGCAGAACCUAGUGACCAAAUUGCCCACAUUCCAACUCUGUCACGUACUUCUAGUGACCCAGCUCUGCCUUUGGCAGGUGGAUCCAGUGAUCUAACUCUGACUCUGGCAGGUCAGGUGGAUCCAGUGACCCAGCUCUGACUCUGGCCGGUGGAUCCAGUGAUCUAACUGACUCUGGCCGGUGGAUCCAGUGAUCUAACUCUGACUCAGGCAGGUGGAUCCAGUGACCCAGCUCUGACUCUGGCUGUUGGAUCCAGUGAUCUAACUGACUCUGGCAGGUGGAUCCAGUGACCCAGCUCUGACUCUGGAAAGUGGAUCCAGUGAUCUAACUGACUCUGGCAGGUGGAUCCAGUGACCCAGCUCCAUAACUGGCAGGUGGAUCCAGUGAUCUAACUCUGACUCUGGCAGGUGGAUGUGUGAACCCAUUGUGGAAGGUGAAUACAGAAAUAACGUGCUCUUUGACUGUGGCAGAUGGAUCCAGUGACUUGACUUUCCACACUGGCAGCUUGAACUGUGACUGCAUUAACCCCAGAUAGUCUGCAGCUUGAUCAUCCAGUUGGUUUCAAAGGAAGCUAAGGAUUUCUGCUCCAUUGCAGUUGAGGCCUGGUACUGUCAUGCUCUUGUCUGUCAGGUAUCUUAGAUAUUUCAAAGGAUCAUUAGUUUGUUCAAAACAGUGUUCAGUUAUUGCAAAUAAAUUGAGUGCUUUGCAUUUUGCAAAAGUUUAAUCAGAAACAGUUAAUUUGUAAAAUUGCCCUACCCAAGCUCUAUGGCUGGUUUAAUGGAUUUGAUCAUCUGGGCUACAAAUGCCUUGUCAAUGAUGAAAGUUCAUAGUUUCAUUUUGCACUUGUAAUGACAUGAAUACACGUCUACUUGUGGUUGAAAGCUACGUAACUCAAUUUCACUGAUAACACAGUAUCUAUGCCCUAAGCUCCUUGCUCGUUAUGUCUUUUCCAUUGCAUAAUGCAUUUUUUAAAAAGCACAGGGAAGACUUUUAUUUCAUAGGGCUAACACUGUGGAAUUUCUGUAGCAAGAACCUUUCUUACCUAUCAGACCCUUUUGUUAAAAAAUCGCAAGGACCUUGAAAACAGAGAACAAGAACAUAUAAAAGAUGUUGAGACAAGGUUUAAAAAUGUGUUCAGUGAAGUGAGUUCAUAUCUCAGUAUGAACUAAUAUCACUAAUCCCAGCUAGAGUAACCGUAGUAGGUGAUAUUAAUGGUGGGGAAAUGAUCCAUGAUUACUGAAGCUGAUUACUAUCCUGUAACCCCUAUUGAAAAGUGCCUCAGUGGGCUCUGGACCUGAGAGGGACCAGGCUUGGCUGUCUCCCCUCUCAGGACUUCCUGGCUGGUGCUCAGCUGUGAGAGCUUCAUUGUGAGGAUUGCUUCCUUGAGAUCUCAUUGGGUAGUGAGCUAGACUUGAUAACACUUCAUCCCAAGAGUUAGCCCUUUCUGGGCCUGGAGCAAUAGUAAAGGAACUGGUGUCAAAGCAAGGCAGUUUACGAGAUGGACUAAGAUGUCAAGUUUGGUAGAUGUAGGGCAAUUCAAAUAGGAGACGAUAGGCAUGCUGACAGUGUUUACUUAAUUAAAUGUAAUAUUGUAGAUAUCUACUUCAAUAGUUUUAAGUUAAUGUUGCCAUAAUAAAUGUAUUAGUGAGUUUAUUACUGGCAAUUAUGUUUUUGACAGUAUCUGUGUGGAGCUGAAAACGAAACAGAAAUCUUCGUCCGUGGAAGCCGGAUACUUCCCUAAACGUAUUUGCAAUUUUUAAGUUAGAACAUAUGAAGAGCAGCCAUUUGUUGAGCAAAGAACAUUCCACACCGUCAGUGGUUUGUGAGGUGCAGCUGUGUGGAAUCAGUAACUCAGCAUUUAUACUGUACUGGACUUUGUCCCUAAAAUGUGGCUUGUCACUUUAUGUACCCUGCCUGGCGUCUGUGUGCUGGUGAAAGAGAGACAUUCACCACCCCCAACCAACAACCCGAGCUUGCCUUGUGCAGGAGCUUUUUAACUCGCUGGUUGGGUAUAAAACUGGCAUAAUCGAGGAACCACCACUCAUGGAUUCACCCUUCAUUGUCAAGCUGAAAAUCUCACUGUAACUAAGUUAAACAAUCAGUUUCAUAUCUUACUCAUUCAAAACUAUUAUGCUUUUGUUUAACAGUUCUCAAAUGUGACAUCUCCACGUAUCGAUUUUGAGAGCUUGCUGACAGUUGACCAGAAUGCAUUGUAUCUCAUUUUUACAUACUGAAAACCUGCCACAUGUGUAACUGUACCAUGAAAUGUGACAUCAAA